AUGGAUUUUGAUGCAAAAUUUAGGGAAAAGUUUUCUCCUCAUCCCUCAUUAUUCUCGCCUCAAAAUAAUCACUCAAACCCGAGAGAUGAUCAGUUCUCCUUAGAGAGUGCUUUGUUGUCAAAGGGUGCUACCAAUUUCCUCCAAGAUCUUCACCCCCUUGAGAAUUUCGAUCUUAACCUCGACCUCCAUGGAUCACCAAAUGCCUUUUACCCUAUUCAUCAACCAAACUGUAUGGAGUCCUAUGAUAAUUCUCCAUUUGAGUGUGUUCCAAGUUUUGAUUUCUAUGAGACUAAACCCUUUGUGAAUCAUGCAACAAAUAAUGUUGCAUUGGUUCCUCUCAUAGACAACCUCAAUCAAAAUGAAUUAGGGCAUUCUCCUAUGAUCACCCCCAUCAACAUGAUAAGUCCUAAUGCUCAAGGCUAUAACCCUUUUUACUACUAUGAUUAUCUAGGGCCAACAAAUUACCGCCCUUCGGAUGAAGACUCAUGCACAACUCCGGUCACCACAGCCACCUUGGUUCCCAACCGUCUCUCUACGACAACCGUCGUGAGAAAAGGAGGAAGGGAGCAUCGCAAAAAGAAGUCUACUGCAGUCAAGGGCCAAUGGUCUAAGGAGGAGGAUGACCUCUUGAUUCAGUUGGUGGACCGCUAUGGCGUAAGGAAAUGGUCUCAGAUUGCUCAAUUGCUCAAUAGGAGAGUAGGAAAACAAUGUAGAGAGAGAUGGCAUAAUCAUUUAAAACCAGAUAUUAAGAAAGACGAGUGGAGCGAAGAGGAAGACAGGAUCCUGAUCAAAGCCCAUACAGAGAUAGGCAACAAAUGGGCUGAAAUUGCAAAGCUGCUACCAGGAAGGACUGAGAACUCAAUCAAAAACCAUUGGAAUGCAACCAAAAGAAGGCAAUUUUCCAAGAGAAAAUGCAAGUCCAAGUACCCAAGGCAGAGUUCUCUGUUGCAAGAAUACAUCAAAGGCUUAACUCUUGAAACAAUCAAUGCUGGUUGUAGAAAGAAGCCACUUUCUUAUGCCAAUCGUCCUCCUGCCUUGGAAGCUACUACUGAGUCACCAAAUGAUCAUCCAACCGGCGGGUCCUCGAAUUCGAGCUUGGGUGAGCUAGUGCAGCCAGAAUAUGACUUCAGUGAAGUUCCUGACUUCAACUUUGAUGCUCAGAUGUUUGAGGAGAGUAGCAUUGACUCCCUGCUUGACUAUGCACCACCCGGCGACAACCGUGGCAGUGAUGGGCAGGGCUUAGCUGAGAUUGUGAAUGAAUGCCAGGAGCAUUUGGGUCCAAAUAUGAUGCAAAAUGGGGUGAAAAUGGAGUUUGAUUUGGUGCAAAUGAUUAAUCAUGUUAAUCUCUAA